AUGCUGCACUUGCGAGUCCAGUUCCUGGAUGAUUCCCAGAAGAUUUUCAUGGUAGAUCAAAAGUCCUCCGGGAAAGCAUUGUUCAACCUGAGCUGCUGUCACCUUAACUUGGCUGAGAAAGAAUAUUUUGGAUUGGAAUUCCGGAGUCAGUCAGGAAACAAUGUUUGGUUGGAACUUCUAAAGCCUAUAACAAAACAAGUUAAAAACCCUAAGGAGAUUCUUUUCAAAUUUAUGGUGAAAUUUUUCCCAGUGGAUCCUGGACACCUGAGAGAUGAGCUGACAAGGUACCUAUUUGCCCUUCAGAUCAAGAAGGAUCUGGCCCAAGGAAGACUUCCCUGCAGUGAUAACUGUACCGCGCUACUGGUAUCUCACAUUUUACAAGCGGAGCUGGGUGACUUUCAUGAAGAAACAGACAGGAAGCAUCUGGAACAAAACCACUACUUACCUAACCAGGCUGGCUUAGACAGCAAGAUCCUGCACUUUCAUCAAAGACACAUCGGUAAGAGCCCCGCGGAAUCGGACAUCCAACUCCUGGACGUAGCCAGGAAGCUUGAAAUGUAUGGAAUCAGACCUCACCCUGCCAGUGAUGGUGAAGGAACUCAGAUUCAUUUGGCUGUUGCCCACAUGGGAGUGCUGGUAUUACGGGGGAAUACCAAGAUCAAUACUUUCAACUGGGCUAAAAUCCGGAAGCUGAGUUUUAAGAGAAAGCAUUUUCUUAUCAAACUCCAUGCCAAUAUUUCGGUGUUGUACAAGGACACGUUGGAGUUUACCAUGGCCAACAGGGACGCGUGCAAAGCAUUCUGGAAGACGUGUGUUGAGUACCAUGCCUUUUUUAGACUCUCCGAAGAACCCAAAUCCAGGCCCAAAACACUCUUCUGCAGUAAGGGCUCAAGUUUUCGCUAUAGUGGCAGGACCCAAAGGCAACUUUUGGAGUAUGGGAAAAAAGGCCGGCUGAAGAGCUUACCCUUCGAGAGGAAACAUUACCCGCCUCGAUACCACGAGCGGCAGUGCAGGUCAUCCCCGGACCUCCUUUCGGACGUGGCUAAGCAGGUUGAAGAUUUGCAUCUCGUCUACGGCAGCGGGUGUUACCGCAACGCCAAUGGAGUUCACGCCUCGGAACCCACGCUGGACAGCAGGAGGAGGAACUCCACAGUGGAGGUGACGUUCGCAGCCGAGUUUGAGCGCUCCAGACCAGAAGCCGCCCACCCGACACUUGUGCACCAGUCCCAGAGCAGCUCCACUUUUCCUUUCAUUUACCCCCAGCCUGACUUUCACGCUGACCCCGAGCCCGAUGACUUCUACAGACAGAAGAGCCCCCUCAACUCCUUCCAGAUCAGCUCCAAGUUCGCCGAAGGGAACACGAGCACGUCUUUUGGGAGCACGAGAGGGGCGACCCCCCCAAGGCAGCAACUGACUUACACGGACCUGCCUUACGUUCCCAGUGUCAGCCAGCGGGUCGACGUUGCCCCUCCCCAGGUCUUUUUUUAUGUGGACCAGCCACCCCAGGUGCCCAGGCGCUCUCCAGCCAUGGCCGCUUUAGGAAAGGCAGCCAAAAGAAGCCCCCGGGUUGCCAGAAUGGAGACCUUUCAGCAUGAUUUUCAGGAUGUGGAAGAAGCCCUAGCCAGGACUAGCAGUGGGGACGCCCCCGAUGUGGGUAUGGAAGAUGACGAUGGGACUCUGGAAGGUGCCUUUGAGUACAGGGCUCAAGAACAAACCCCUAAACGGUCUCAUAGCCAUUCUGACAUGAAAACCAUCCGUUUUCCUUUUGGGUCCGAGUUCCAGCCUCUGGGGCCCUGCCCUGCUCUAAGUCGAAAAGCCGAUUUCUUCACCUACAUGUUUGCCCAGCAGGAGUUCCCAGAGGUCUUGAGGAGUCAGAGCGCGGCCGAACGAUAUUUAGGUAGCGAUUCCAGCGACUCGGAACCGGAGAUGCUUCACCCGGACUACUACGCUUUGUAUGACAAGACGGUGAGAUCCCCCGUAGCCAGAAUCCGUCUGUCUUCAGGCAGUCUCCAACUGGAUGAAACAGACGAGGAGGCGUCUUUUACUACGCCUGUCACUGACACGGGCCGGACUGCGCUGAAAACACGCAAUUAUUUUCUAGCGUAAAUGGUACACCCCGUGUCGUACAAAUACUGUUCUUUCUGGCAAAGUACUCUGGGUCCCCAGUGGAGCUAUUGCUCCGGCCCCUUCCCUCCCUCACUCUGUUGCAAUUGGGGGAGAACAAAAGGGAUUUUAAAGGUAGCAGAGAGAUUCGUGUGUCCUGCCAUCCCUAGCUCCAACUUGAAAGAGUUUUUUUUUUUUUUUUUGGCUAGAGUAUAAGUGGCGGUUCAGUUCCAUCGUGUUGUUGGUGCCAUUAUUCUACCUUAGGGUUAAUAACUGACUGACACUGGUGAACAACUCAUGAUUCCUCAAGAGGUAGGUUGACUUGGGUUGCUGGCCA